AACUCGAACUAACUCGAGUUGACCAUCACUAUUUGUUAGGUUAUGUUACGAAUCGGAAGUGUGGAAUUUAUUUACAAAUCAUAGAAGAGUGAUAAAAGUAUGAAAAAUUGAUUUGAAUGAUUUGAAGUCAAUAUGUCGAAUGUGAAAAUAAAAGUAAUCAGCAGAAACCCAGAAGAUUAUUUACGUGCUACGAAAAAGGAUAUCCACAAGCUUCCACGAAAUUAUGAUCCAAGUCUUCAUCCAUUUGAAGCACCUCGCGAAUAUGUGCGGGCCCUGAAUGCCGUAAAAUUAGAGCGUGUUUUCGCAAAACCAUUUAUUGGUAACCUUGAUGGACACAAAGAUGGAGUUUCUUCAUUAGCUAAACACCCAAGUAGAUUGGCUGUUCUAGCCAGUGGUGCAUUUGAUGGUGAAAUAAGGAUAUGGGAUUUGACAUCUCGUAAAUGUACAAGAAAUUUUGUUGCUCAUGAGGGAUGGGUUCGUUCUCUUUGCUUUACACCUGAUGGAGAGACAUUUACAAGUGUUGGGGAUGACAAAACAAUUAAGUCUUGGAAGACGGAAACAAAAUCAUUUGAUGAUGAGGAACCUAUUAACACAUUGCUUAGUAUGUCUGUUGUAUAUGGUAUAAGUCAUCAUAAGACAAAACCUAUAUUUGCUACAUGUGGUGAACAUUGCCAACUGUGGGAAAAAACAAGAAAUGAACCUGUAAAAAUAUUUAAAUGGGGUGUUGAUAGUCUUCAUCAUGUUGCCUUCAAUCAGGUUGAGGAAAACCUAUUAUCUGCAUGUGCUAGUGACAGAAGUAUAAUCUUGUAUGAUAGUAGAGAAUCAGGCCCACUCAGAAAAGUUGUUAUGGAAUUACGACCAAAUAGUCUAUCAUGGAAUCCUAUGGAAGCCUUCAUUUUUACUGUAGCUAAUGAAGAUUAUAAUUUAUACACAUUUGAUGUAAGAAAACUAAAACACCCAGUAAACAUCCAUGUGGAUCAUACAUCAGCAGUUAUAGAUGUGGAUUAUGCCCCCACAGGACGUGAAUUUGUUUCUGGCAGCUAUGAUAAAACUGUCAGGAUAUUUGAAUCACUUAAAGGGCACUCUAGGGAUGUAUAUCACACUAAAAGAAUGCAGAGGUUAACAUGUGUGAAAUGGUCUUUGGAUAAUAAAUACAUAUUGUCAGGUUCUGAUGAAAUGAACAUAAGAAUGUGGAAAGCUAGAGCUUCUGAAAAACUUGGCGUUCUCAAACCUCGCGAGAGAACAGCGUUGAACUAUUCUGAAGCAUUAAAAGAGAAGUUUGCACAUCAUCCACAAAUUAGGCGAAUCGCUCGUCAUAGACAUGUUCCAAAACACAUUUAUAAUGCACAAAAAGAACUUCGUACAAUCAAGGAGAAGAAUAAGAGAAAGGAGGCUAACAGACGCUCUCAUAGCAAGCAUGGUGCAGUACCAUAUGUAGCAGAACGCAACAAACACAUUGUUAAAGAAGAUGAGUAAAGGAAUUGUUAAUUUAUCA